GACAGGGUCCUCUUCUUUCUUACUCUUCCUCUGAAUCUUUGUCUUAAGCCAAAGCUCGAGAAAGAGAGAAGCUUCUUUCUUUUUUUAAGCAGGAAAAACCCGAUUAAGAUCCGAUUAACUGUAAAUCGGGUGAUCGGCUGCAUUGAUUUUGUUCAUUUUAUUUUAAGCAAGGGACAGAGAAAAGGGAAGCUUUGGAUCGAAGCAUCGAAGGUUUUUUCCUUUAUUGUUAGUAUAAAUAAUUGAGAAGAGGAGGGGAGAGAGUUGGGAGAUGAACGGAAUGGGGGGACAGGGGCAGAGAUCUGGUUCGACAGGGGUUCAGGUGCACCAUCAGAGACAAUACUCAGAUAACUUCUUGGAAACAACGUCGAAUGGGAGAUGGCUUCAGUCUGCUGGUCUUCAGCAUCUUCACUCUUCUAACAACUCUAUUCCUCCUCUUCAGGAUUAUGCCUUUUAUGGUGGUGGCGUUGGAGGAGGAGGACACGGGUCUAGAAUGUAUAGAAAUGUGCAGAGGGGUUUUAAUACGGGGAAUGACUUUUUCACGGAGCCUACAACUCCUCCAGUUAGUUCACGGCCGUCAAGCCAGAGGAAGAAUGGUGAAGACUCCCCCAGUGAGUUCAGUCCUGGUCUUCUAGAUCUGCAUUCUUUUGAUACGGAGCUCCUGCCUGAGAUGCCGGUUCCCAACCUGUAUGAUGGUCCUUCAGUCUAUAAUCCUGUUCGAGGUAGAAGCUUUGAUGACUCUGAACCCUAUAUUUCAAACAACAAACAAGCAGGCAGAGCUCGUGGUGUGCCAGAGAAUAGCCUCCUCAAAAGUUUUGCUUCAGACAAAGAGAAGGUCAAUUCAGUUGCAAAGAUCAAAGUUGUGGUGCGCAAGAGACCUCUCAAUAAAAAGGAGUUAGCAAAGAAUGAGGAAGAUAUUAUAGAAACACUAUCCAAUUCCCUAGUAGUGCAUGAGACCAAACUUAAGGUUGACCUAACAGAAUACGUGGAGAAGCAUGAAUUUGUUUUUGAUGCAGUGCUGAAUGAGGAGGUCUCAAAUGAUGAGGUCUAUCGUGAGACUGUGGAGCCCAUAGUUCCUAUAAUUUUUCAGCGCACGAAAGCAACUUGUUUUGCCUAUGGUCAAACAGGAAGCGGAAAAACCUAUACUAUGAAGCCACUUCCCCUUAAAGCUUCUCGUGAUAUCUUGAGGUUGAUGCACCACACAUACAGGAACCAAGGAUUUCAGUUGUUUGUGAGCUUCUUUGAGAUAUAUGGAGGAAAAUUAUUUGAUCUCCUCAGUGAUAGGAAAAAACUUUGCAUGCGAGAGGAUGGUAAGCAGCAAGUUUGCAUUGUGGGUCUGCAAGAGUACAGAGUAUCAGAUGUAGAGACUAUUAAGGAGCUUAUUGAGAAAGGAAAUGCCACAAGAAGUACUGGUACCACAGGUGCAAAUGAGGAAUCCUCCCGUUCUCAUGCCAUACUUCAGCUUGCUAUUAAGAGAUCUGUUGAUGGCAAUGAAUCAAAGCCUCCCCGUGUUGUUGGCAAGCUUUCCUUUAUAGAUCUUGCUGGAAGUGAACGAGGUGCAGAUACCACAGAUAAUGAUAAGCAAACAAGAAUGGAAGGUGCCGAGAUCAACAAGAGCUUGUUAGCUUUGAAGGAGUGCAUAAGAGCUCUUGACAAUGAUCAGGGUCACAUUCCUUUCAGAGGCAGUAAACUUACAGAGGUUCUAAGGGACUCAUUUAUGGGCAAUUCACGUACUGUUAUGAUAUCUUGCAUUUCACCAAGCUCUGGGUCAUGUGAACACACUUUGAACACCUUAAGAUAUGCUGAUAGGGUGAAGAGCCUUUCAAAAGGGGGAAAUCCUAAGAAGGAUGUAUUAUCUUCAACAUUAAACCUGAAAGAAUCAACUGCUCUGCCCUUAUCUUCAGUUUUACCAACUGCAUCGACUUUUGAGGAUGAUAUUAAUGAUACAUGGCCUGACCAAAAUGAAAGAGAUGAUUUUGAUGCAUCAGAAGAUUCCUAUGAGCCGGAGAAAGUGAUGUGGAAGAAAAAUGUGAAGCCAGAUCAAUACAGUUUCUCUACUUCAGAGGACAAGUUAUGGAAGCCUAACGGUCAGACCAAAUGGAAGGAACCACUCAGAACUGAUUUUAAGCAUUCAAAAUCAGAUGAUGAUUUGAAUGCCCUCCUGCAGGAAGAGGAGGAUCUUGUAAAUGCUCAUAGAAAACAAGUGGAGGAGACUAUGAAUAUUGUCAAAGAGGAGAUGAACCUGCUGGUUGAAGCAGACAAACCUGGAAACCAGCUGGACGAUUAUAUAUCGAGAUUGAAUGCUAUUCUUUCUCAGAAGGCUGCUGGCAUUAUGCAGUUACAAACUCGUUUGGCUCAUUUUCAGAAGCUCUUAAAGGAGCAUAAUGUUUUAGUAUCUUCUUCUGGCUAUUAAUCACUUAUCAGGGUACAGAAAGAAGUCAAAACUAUUAAUUUGGCUUCUCCCAGGAAUACAUUGCAAGAUUGGCCUAAGCAUGGGUUUGGUGAGGCCUUUCUUUUGGUGAUUUUUAAGGAAAUAUAUUUGAAACUUGGUUUCGCGGCAGUUUGCCGGAUGAUCCACCAGCAAUCGUGUAGCCGCCAUUGAUGCAGGGUGAUUAAAACCCUGCCCUGUUUCUUUUCCAUAAUGCUAUUCUUUUUUUUUUUAUUCUUAUUUUCUUUUUCUUCAACAAGAAAUAGCCAAUAGGCAAACGGAAGUAAUGGAUUUACAUGCUUUUUGGCAUGCUAUUGUAAAGUUCUGCAGUGAUAUUGUAAUUUGAUUCAUUAUUCGAAUAUGUGUCAGACGAUUUAGUCCA